GUUGUUCUCAAAGUGGCCAUGGCCUGCUCUGGCUGUGAAGGGGCUGUGCGGCGAGUGCUCACAGGCAAGCCAGGUGUUGAGUCAGUGGACAUAGAUCUGAAGGAGCAGAAGGUGGUUGUUAAGGGGAACGUGCAAGCAGAUGACAUCUUCCAGACGGUCAGCAAAACUGGGAAGAAGACAGAAUUCUGGCAGUAG